AAAUUAUUUACGAACAGUCUAACGUAGUAAGUUAAGUCAUUGUUGUUCAUCAAUUUUUCUGCCACAUGACAUGACACAAAUUCAUUUUUGGAAAUGCCGGAACGUCAAAUUUCUAUAAAUAGUGAAAGAUUUCUUUUUUUUUCUCAAGCUUUUUUAAUUUCUGCAGAAAAACUUUACUAUACUUAAAAAAAUGGCCAACAACCCUGAACUUAAAGUCAUUAGUAAAUCAAAUGAGUGGAUUAAUUGGAUUGAAGAAUCAAUUGUAAAAAAACAAAUUAAAUAUUAUGAUCAAAAACUCUUUAAUAAUAUUCAAGAAAUUGGUUCCGGAAAUUUUGGAAGAGUUUAUCGUGCAAGUUGGAAAAAUUCUCAUUAUUUUUUAGCAUUAAAAUCUUUCAUAAAUUUCGACACCAUUGCUAAAGAAAUUGUUAAUGAACUUAAACUUCAACGUGAAAUUUAUUUUCAUGACAAUAUUAUUCGCUUUUAUGGCAUCACUACAGAAAUCCAAAGUGAUAAAUCGAAAAAAUAUUUGCUAGUGAUGGAAUAUGCUGAUAGUGGUACCCUACGAAAUUAUUUAAGUGAACGAUUUGAAAAUCUCACCUGGAAUGAUAAAUUAAAUCUAGCGUUCCAAUUAGCUGAUGCGAUAUCUUAUUUACAUAAUAAAGGAAUCACGCAUCAUGAUUUGCAUUCAAAAAAUAUUUUAGUUCAUAAGAAUAUAAUCAAAUUGGCUGACUUUGGAUUGUCAAAAAGGAUUAAAGGAUUGCUUAAUUUCCAAUCAAAUCUAUGUGAAAUGGUCGCUUAUGUUGAUCCACAAAUUUUCAGCAACUCAAUACAAGUGGUAUAUUCAUUAAAUAAAAAAAGUGACGUUUACAGUAUUGGCAUACUCUUAUGGGAAAUUUCUAGUGGCAAACCACCCUUUUGUAAUGAACCACAUGAUUUCAGUUUGGCUAUAGAAAUAUUACAGGGUCUCAGAGAGAAACCUAUUACUAACACACCUGAAGAUUAUGUGAAAAUAUAUACUGAUUGCUGGAACAAUGACCCGAAUGAUCGUCCAACUAUCAACCAGGUUGUAGAAAAAUUAAAUGCAAUUAUUCUAAAAGAAGACAUCCAAGUACCAAAUAAACAACAGAAUGUCUUGAAAUUUCAUGAAAAUAUUGUUAAUAAUUCAUCAUAUGGGAAAAUGUCUCAAAUUAUUCAAAAUUUUAGUAAAAUAAUUAUAAAAGAAAUCGAACCUUCAAUUUCAUCAAAUCUAAUUAUGAAUGACUUUGGAAUAAUUAUUACUGAAAUUAUUUUCCUUCUUGAAAAUAUAGAAUCAGAAAGGAAAAAACAUGAAGUUAUUAAUUAUCUUAAUGAUUAUAAUUUAACUUCGCAAGAAAUUUAUAAUUGGUUAUUAAGUAAUCAGGAUAAUUCAAAUUCUGUUUUUUUACUUGGAGUAUUUAAUCAUGUUGGAAUUGAAAUUAAUGUUGAUGAACAAAAAGCAUUCGAAUUAUAUCAAAAAGCAGCAAAUACAGGAAAUUCAUCUGGAAUAAUUAGUUUAGGAUAUUGUUAUCAUUAUGGAAUUGGUACUAGUAUUGAUAAUCUAAAAGCAUUUGAACUGUACCAAGAGGCUGCGAAUUUAGGAAAUUCACGUGGAAUAUAUAAUUUGGGAGUUUGUUAUAAUAAUGGAAUUGGAACUAUUAUUAAUAAUAAAAAGGCGUUUGAACUAUUUCAAGAAUCUGCAAAUUUAGGAAAUCCACUUGGAAUAUCCAGUUUAGGAUAUUGUUAUGGUAAUGGGAUUGGAACCAGUAUUAACAAUCAAAAGGCAUUUGAGUUAUAUCAAAUGGCAGCAAAUUCAGGAAAUAUACUUGGAAUAACUAGUUUAGCAUAUUGUUAUGAAAAAGGGAUUGAAACCAAUGUUAAUAUACAAAAAGCUUUUGAAUUGUAUCAAAUAGCUGCAAAUUUUGGAGGUAUUUUUGCUCAAUAUUGCCUUGCUUUCAUGUAUGAAAGUGGAAAAGGAGUUAAAAAGGAUACAAAUCAAGCAAUUUAUUGGUAUAAAAAAUGUGCUGAACAAGGAGAUUUGGAUGCUCAAGAUAAAUUAAUUGCUUUAAUAGGUUAAAAGUAUUGAGUAAGAAAUUAUUACAGUAUGUAAUAUUAGCUUUACAAAAUUCAUUUAACAACAAUUAUCAUAUUAAUUAGCGAGCAAUAAAGUAACAAUUAAAUAAAAAAUACGAAGUUUU